AAAACUAAAUAAAUCUCGACUUCCACAACAGCCUAGUUGAAUUAUUAGUGAUAAAUAAUUUCACACUUAUCUAUCAAAUAAACAAAGUAGAGUUUUCACGCUAUGUAAUCAUUCGGUUGCGGCGAUCCACUGCGGCGGUCGAUGCUACGAUUUCCAGGACGAUAGGAAGGGGCGAACACAGUGGGGGCGAACGUCAACACUAGAUGACUCACCCGUCUCAUCAUAAGGUCGCGAAAUCGGCGAAAUUGCGUAAAUCGUGAAGCACUACAACGUCCCUAGUAGUAGUUGUGGUGUGCGUAAUCAGCAGUAUAUUUCUAAUUACAGUGUUAUUGAUGGGAGUUCCCAAGGUGCAGUUUCCGCCGAAUGUCCCGUUGGUGUCGCAUCAUUUGCCUCCUGCCCACUGGAAAUUUUAAGGCCACCUCCAGCGCCCGUGCAUCUCUGCCGGAAAACUGCCCGAGUCCAAGCACGACCUCGAUGUGAACGAGCACGACUCUGGGACAGCUGCAGCCACUUAUCUUCCCUCGAAUCUUCCUUCCGCCUCACCACAGAAUUUACGAGGAUGCCUUCGGCCAGCAGGGGCUUGGAAAAGUAUGACCCCCAUGUCAAGAUCCGUAACUUGGGGAAAGCCGGGAGUGCCCUAGAAAUCGACGAGAGUGUCCCGCUGAAGCGAUACUUUGGGUCCGGCAAUACUAUGCUCAGGAUGGCAGAGUCUUACCAGAAGCAAGGGGACCUGGAAAGCGCCUUCAUAUUGUACACAAAGUACAUUACCCUCUUCGUCGAAAAAAUUUCCAAACAUCCUGAAAUGAGCAGUGCUUCUUUGACCGAGUGGAACAUAACUAAGAAGAGAGUUAAAGAGGUCUUUCCCAUAGCAGAGAAACUGAAAUCCAAGCUCCUUGAAAAGUACACCAAAGAAUAUGAGAUUCUUUUGAAGAAUAAGGAGCGGCAAGAGGUCGAGGAGGCCGAGGAAGAGCGCCGCAGGCAGGAGCAGCUGGAGCGGCUCAUGUACGACCAGCAGAAGCUGUUUGCGCUCCAGUCCGGGCGGUCCCGGCGCACGAGGGAGCCCAGCCCCGAGCGGCCGGCCACGCCCACCCCCGGCGCCGUGUCCCCGUCGGAUGUGUACCCGACGCUGCUCGACCUCGAGAACGGGUUUCUGGACCGGCUGCCGCGACCCAGGACGCCUCCGUUCCCUGUGGCAGACGACUUUCAGACGCCCGGCAUUCCCUCCCGAGCCACAAAGCCGAGCGCCCCGGCGCCUCUUGAUGUGGUGAGGCGAGCGAUCCCUCCGGUGGAUCGCAGCACCAAGCCCUCACCGCUGCUGAGCCCGGAGCCAUUCUUCCUCGGCACCCAGGGACUGAGGAGCGUCGUCGUCCCCGGCGGCCUCUUUGCAAAGUUCCUGUACCUCUCGAAGCAAAACACCGAGAAGAACGUGGAGACCUGUGCCAUCUUGGCCGGGAAAUUUUCUGGGAACCAGCUGAGUAUCAGCCACCUUUUGGUGCCCAAGCAGUCGGGGACAGCUGAUUCCUGCUCCACAGAGAACGAAGAAGAAGUUCUUGAAUACCAGGACCAGAAGGGAUUGGACACUGUUGGCUGGAUCCACACCCAUCCGACACAGACGGCCUUCAUGUCAAGUGUAGACCUGCACACGCACUGCAGCUACCAGCUGAUGCUUCCAGAAGCCGUUGCGAUUGUGUGCUCCCCCAAAUAUGAAGAGAACAAGAUCUUCAGCUUAACAGUUGAGCAUGGACUGCCAUUCAUCUCCGGUUGCCAUGCCACUGGGUUCCAUCCUCACCCCAAGGAUCCACCACUUUACGAGGAAUGUAAGCAUGUUCGAAUAGACGACAAGGCUCCGGUGACUGUGGUAGAUCUUCGAGCAUGAGCAAGAUCUGCAACCUUCUCUCGUGGGACGUUGGAGAGAAUACUGGAGGAAUAAGAAAAAAGAGUGAACAGGAUGCAACCUCUUUUCAAAAUAUGACCUGUAAAAAUGGAUGUACAUUUUGUUUUGCUCCAUGAAGAGCUCCUCUGUCAAAACCUUCCCGAUGUCCUGGAGAUUUUUUUUUUUUUUCUGCUAGUCAUUGUUAGCUGGUUUUGGAAAGUGUGGCUAUGCUGUUAACAGUAGUUGCUAACCUUAUCUGGACGAGCGUAAUUCAAAUCGCAGAGUUGCCUCAGAUUUACUCCUGAUGGACGGAACGUGCCUCAACGUAAGGUUGUAUUUCGACACGAGUGCACUUAAAUUAUUUAAGCUUGAAAGUUAUCUUCACCUGCCCCUGAUAAGCUAUGUAGCUAGGAAGUGACUGACCAAUGUAGAACAAGAAACUAAACAAUGGCAUUGCAGAAAUGGUGAUUGACAAGGAAUGGUUAAUAAACAGGGGUAAGAGUCUAUUAUUGAUGCCGCUGUUGAGCUCAGAGAAGAACAUACAUUUUUUGUAUGUCUAGAGUACAAUCAGCAGUUCAUCUGUUUGUGUCUACAAAGGGGUAUGCUUUCUUUUUGUCAAAAGUGGAUGGGUCAUCCUAUCUGAGGAAAUGUGGUUGGAGAGAAUAAAAAGAAAUGCAAAUCAA